AGAACAGAGCGAGAGAGACUCUGAGCAGGUCAUCAUUUUAUGAAGAGAGUGGAAUAAACCUUAUUCAGAGGAAACACAAGAUUUUUCAGUUAGAAGAUGGGAACUUCCAGGUCGACUCACACCAGUCCUGCUCAGACCAGCAUGACAGCUCAGACAGGAGGAAACGUCUGUGCUCCUGUUCUCCAUGGAAACAAUAUUCAAGGCUCAGUGAAUGUAACCAUUAUUCAGGGAGGUCAGGAAGUUUCUAGUUCCAGCACCAGUACAGUUCAGGCUGGAGGUUCUCCUGGUGCUCCUGCUCUCACUGAAGGUUUGGUCACUGUAUAUAAACAAAAACUAGAGAAGAAAUUUCAGAGAAUUAAUGAAGGAAUCUCACAGCAUGGAAGAUCAACCCUUCUGAAUGAGAUCUACACAGAGCUCUACAUCACAGCGGGAGGGAGUGGAGAGGUCAAUGAUGAACAUGAGGUCAGACAGAUUGAGACAGCAUCCAGGAGACCAGCAACACAGGAGAAACCCAUCAAAUGCAAUGACCUAUUUAAAGACAAACCCAUCAGAACUGUUCUGACUAAAGGAGUUGCUGGAAUUGGAAAAACAGUCUCUGUGCAGAAGUUCAUUCUGGACUGGGCUGAAGGAAAAGCAAAUCAGGACGUCCAUUUUAUAUUUCCACUUCCUUUUAGGGAACUGAAUCUGAUCAAGAAAAAGUUCAGUCUGAUGGAGCUUCUUCAUCACUUUUUCCCAUAUAUAAAAAAACUAAGAUCAAUAGACUGUGAUGCUUACAAAGUCAUGUUCAUCUUUGAUGGUCUGGAUGAGUGUCGACUUCCUCUAGAUUCCCAGAACAAUGAGAGCUUGUGGGAUGUAACAGAUUCAGCCUCAGUGGAUGUGCUGCUGACAAACCUCAUCAAGGGGAAUCUGCUUCCCUCUGCUCUCCUUUGGAUAACUACUCGCCCAGCAGCAGCCAAUCAGAUCCCUUCUGAGAGUGUUAACCUGGUAACAGAGGUACGAGGGUUCAGUGACCCUCAGAAAGAGGAGUACUUCAGGAAGAGAAUCAGUGACCAGAGCCUGGCCAAUAAAAUCAUCUCACACAUGAAGUCCUCAAGAAGCCUCUACAUCAUGUGCCACAUCCCAGUCUUCUGUUGGAUUGCAGCCACUGUUCUAGAGAGGGUGUUGGGUGGAGCAGAGAGUGAAGAGAUCCCCAAGACUCUGACUCAAAUGUUCACCCACUUCCUGAUCUUUCAGAUCAAACACAAGAAUAAAAAGUACCAUGGGAAAUGUGACACUGAUCCUCAGCAGACUAGAAAGAUGAUUCUGGCACUGGGAAAACUGGCUUUCCAACAGCUGGAAAAGGGCAAUCUGAUCUUCUAUGAGGAGGACCUGAGACAGUGUGGCAUUGAUGUCAGAGAAGUGUCAGUGUACUCAGGAGUUUGUACUCAGAUCUUCAGAGAGGAGUUUGGGCUGCACCUGGGGAAGGUGUUCAGCUUCGUACACCUGAGUGUCCAGGAGUUUCUGGCUGCUUUAUAUGCAUUUCUGUCCUUCAUCAGCAGAGAUGGAACAAAACAGCUGACCACUGAUCUCUCUGGUAUUUUCAGAGAGGCCAAAAUGUCAGACUUUCUCAAGUCUGCAGUGGACAAGGCCUUACAGAGUGAGAAUGGACACCUGGACCUUUUCCUCCGCUUCCUUCUGGGCCUCUCACUGGAGUCCAAUCAGACUCUCUUACAAGGCCUACUGACACAGACAGGAAGCAGCUCUCACAGCAAAGAGGAAACAGUUCAGUACAUCAAGGAGAAGAUCAGGGAGAAUCCCUCUCCAGAGAAAUCCAUCAAUCUGUUCCACUGUCUGAAUGAACUGAAUGAUCAUUCUCUACUGCAGGAAGUUCAGACUUACCUGAGUAGAAAAGACUACAAAUGUCUUGAUGGACUCAAACUCUCUCCUGCCCAGUGGUCAGCUCUGGUGUUUGUGUUGUUAAACUCAGAAGAGGAGCUGAAUGUGUUUAACCUGCAUAAAUAUGACAGAUCAGAGGAAUGUUUUCUGAAUCUGCUGCCAGUGAUCAAAGCAUCCAGAAGAGCUAUGCUGCGCUGCUGUGAUCUCACAGAGAAAAGCUGUGCAGCUCUGUCUUCAGCUCUCAGCUCAAACUCCACCACUCUGAGAGACCUGAACUUGAGUGACAAUCAACUGCAGGAUUCAGGAGUGGAGCUGCUCUCUGCUGGACUGAAGAAUCAACACUGUAAACUGGAGAUACUUAAACUUAGGUUCUGUAAUCUUACAGAGAAAACCUGUGCAGCUCUGUCCUCAGCUCUCAGCUCAAACUCCUCCAGUCUGAGAGAACUGGACCUGAGUGACAAUCAACUGCUGCAGGAUUCAGGAGUGGAGCUGCUCUCUGUUGGACUGAAGAAUCCACACUGUAAACUGGAGAUACUGAGGCUGUAUAACUGUAAUAUCACAGAGAAAAGCUGUGCAGCUCUGUCCUCAGCUCUCAGCUCAAACUCUUCAAGUCUGACAGAAUUGAACCUCAGUAACAAUAAACUGCAGGAUUCAGGAGUGGAGCUGCUCUCUGCUGGACUGAAGUAUCCACACUGUAAACUAGAGAUACUGAGGCUGUGUUGGUGUAAUCUCACACAAAAAAGCUGUGCAGCUCUGUCUUCAGCUCUCAGCUCAAACUCCUCCACUCUGAGAGAACUGGACCUCAGUAACAACAAACUGCAGGAUUCAGGAGUGGAGCUGCUCUCUGCUGGACUGAAGAAUCCACACUGUAAACUGGAGAUACUGAGGCUGGACAGCUGCAGUAUUGCUGAUGAAGGCUGUGCUGCUCUUGCUUCAGCUCUAAAAUCAAACCCCUCCUCUCACCUGAGAGAGCUUAACUUCACCUACAAAAAACCAGGAGGAUCAGGAGUGAAGGAACUCUCUGAUCUACUGGAGGAUCCACUCUGUAAACUGGAGACACUACAUUUGUGGAACUGUGAUCUCACAGAGAAAAGCUGUGCAGCUCUGUCCUCAGCUCUUAGCUCAAACUCCUCCAGUCUGAGAGAGCUGGACCUGAGUGACAAUGAACUGCAGGAUUCAGGAGUGGAGCUGCUCUCUGCUGGACUGAAGAAUCCACAAUGUAAACUGGAGAUACUGAAGUUGUGUGGCUGUAAUCUCACAUUGAAAAGCUGUGCAGCUCUGUCCUCAGUUCUCAACUCAAACUCCUCAAGUCUGAGAGACCUGGACCUCAGUAACAACAAACUGCAGGAUUCAGGAGUGGAGCUGCUCUCUGCUGGACUGGAGAAUCCACACUGUAAACUGGAAAAACUGGAGCUGCGUUUGUGUAAUCUCACAGAGGAAUGCUGUGCAGCUCUGUCCUCAGCUCUCAGCUCAUACUCCUCAAGUCUGAGAGAACUGGACCUCAGUUAUAAUAAACUACAGGAUUCAGGAGUGGAGCUGCUCUCUGCUGGACUGAAGAAUCCCCACUGUAAACUGGAGACACUGGGGCUGUGUGAGUGUAAUCUCACAGAGAAAAGCUGUGCAGCUCUGUCCUCAGCUCUCAGCUCAAACGUCUCAAGCCUGAGAGAACUGAACCUGAGUAAGAAUGACCUUCAGGAUUCAGGAGUGGAACUGCUCUCUGCUGGACUGAAGAAUCCACACUGUAAACUGGAGACACUGAGGCUGUGUGAGUGUAAUCUCACAGAGAAAAGCUGUGCAGCUCUGUCCUCAGCUCUCAGCUCAAACUCCUCCAGUCUGAGAGACCUGGACCUGAGUUUCAAUAAACUGCAGGAUUCAGGAGUGGAGCUGCUCUCUGCUGGACUGGAGAAUCCACACUGUAAACUGGAGAAACUGAAUCUGCGUUGGUGUAAUCUCACAGAGAAAAGCUGUGCAGCUCUGGCCUCAGCUCUCAGCUCAAACUCUUCCAGUCUGAGAGAAGUGGACAUCAGUAACAAUAACCUGCAGGAUUCAGGAGUGGAGCUGCUCUCUGCUGGACUGAAGAAUCCACACUGUAGACUGGAGAAACUGGAGCUGUGUGAGUGUAAUCUCACAGAGAAAAGCUGUGCAGCUCUGUCCUCAGUUCUCAGCUCAAACUCCUCAAGUCUGAGAGAACUGAAACUGGUUAGCAAUAAACUGCAGGAUUCAGGAGUGGAGCUGCUCUCUGCUGGACUGAAGAAUCCACACUGUAAACUGAAGAUACUGGAGCUGUUCAAUUGUGAUCUCACAGAGAAAAGCGGUUCAGCUCUGUCCUCAGCUCUCAGUUCAAACUCUUCAAGUCUGAGAGAACUGAAACUGGUUAGCAAGAAACUGCAGGAUUCAGGAGUGGAGCUGCUCUCUGCUGGACUGGAGAAUCCACACUGUAAACUGGAGAAACUGGAGCUGUCUCACUGCAGUAUUACAGAUGAAGGCUGUGCUGCUCUGGCUUCAGCUCUAAAAUCAAACCCCUCCUCUCACCUGAGAGAGCUGAACCUAUACAACAAUAAACCAGGAGAGUCAGGAGUGAAGCUGCUCUCUGAUCUACUGGAGGAUCCACACUGUAAACUGGAGAAACUACAUCUAGAUAUUGAUCUCACAGAGAAAAACUGUGCAGCUCUGUCCUCAGCUCUCAGCUCAAACUCCUCCAGUCUGAGAGAACUGUACCUGGGUGAGGAUGGAUGGCUGCUGGAUUCAGGAGUGGAGCUGCUCUCUGCUGGACUGAAGAAUCCACACUGCAAACUUGAAAUAUUGAAUCUGGGUGGCUUCAGUAUUACAAGCAAAGUAUGUACAACUCUGGCUUCAGCUCUAAAAUCAAACUCCUCCUCUCACCUGAGAGAGCUGAACCUAUACCUCAAUGAACCAGGAGAGCCUGGAGUGAAGCUGCUCUCUGAUCUACUGGAGGAUCCACACUGUAAACUUGAGAAACUAUACAUCAGACCAACAUUCGACUGAUCUCACACACAGAGGGUUAUGAGGAGAGGAUGGAGUCUUUGUACAAACACACACACUCAGUAUAUGGUUCUACAUGGUACCGUGUGUGUUUGGGUUCUUAUUGGUCAAAUCUGUGAGCAUGGCUACCUCACAGGACUGUGAUUUCCCCAUGACUUCCUGUACACCAGUGACUGCACCUCCAGUGAUCUUUUAAUAAUAUAAAAAUAAAAAGAACAGAAGGAGAAAAAAACUGGACCGAGACAAGACUCAGUCCAACAGACGUCUAGACCAAGACAAGAUCAAGUGGCUUCUAAGAUUGAACAGUAGAGCUGAGAUUAACAAUCAGAUGAUGUAGAAUCCAGAGUCAUCUACUGACCUAUUGAAGGAUGCAGAAGAUGUGUUGCUGCUGGGAAAGAGAGUGGUGGAAUGUGAGGCAUUAAAAUUCAAUAAAGGAUGA